GGCAAAUGUCAGUCAGGUCGGGAGCUCGUCGGCGGAAUAGAAGAGACCCGUGCUGGUCACAGGGGGUCCCGACCGCUGCAGUGUUGUCGGCCCAAGAUGGAGUUCCUCCUGGGGAACCCGUUCAGCACCCCAGUAGGACAGUGCCUGGGGUCCUUGCCCGUCAUUGGGUAUUUGUACGUGGACAGGGAGGCUAAGGAAAGUAGUGCUGAGUCCUCCAUUUAAUGAAAAGGCAGUUCGUGACUCAGACUCUUGAAGAAAAGGCAACAGACGGCUCCCUGCAAAGCGAGGACUGGACAUUGAACAUGGAGAUCUGUGACAUCAUCAAUGAGACGGAGGAAGGGCCAAAGGAUGCCAUUCGAGCCCUGAAGAAGCGGCUCAGUGGGAACAGAAACUACAGAGAAGUCAUGCUGGCAUUAACAGUGCUAGAAACAUGUGUGAAGAACUGUGGCCACCGCUUCCACAUCCUUGUGGCCAACCGCGAUUUCAUAGACAGUGUUCUGGUGAAAAUCAUCUCUCCCAAGAACAACCCUCCCACCAUUGUGCAGGACAAGGUACUCGCUCUGAUCCAGGCAUGGGCUGAUGCCUUUCGGAGCAGUCCUGACCUCACUGGCGUUGUGCACAUAUAUGAGGAGCUAAAGAGGAAGGGGGUUGAGUUUCCCAUGGCGGACUUGGAUGCCCUGUCUCCCAUACACACACCACAGCGGAGUGUCCCUGAAGUGGAUCCAGCCACGCCAGCACCCGCGCCCAAGCCCCAGCUGCAGCAGAGGACAAGGGCCGGCUCCUGCUCCUCGUCUCCUGCCGCUCCCUACUCCACUGCACAGGGCCCGGCUCUGAGUGUGACUGGCCCCAUCACAGCCAAUUCAGAACAGAUUGCGAGGCUGCGGAGUGAACUGGACGUUGUUCGAGGAAACACAAAAGUUAUGUCUGAGAUGUUAACGGAAAUGGUCCCUGGGCAAGAGGAUUCAUCAGACCUGGAGUUGCUGCAGGAGCUGAACAGGACCUGCCGGGCCAUGCAGCAGCGCAUCGUGGAGCUCAUCUCCCGCGUGUCCAACGAGGAGGUCACGGAGGAGUUGCUGCAUGUCAAUGACGACCUCAACAACGUCUUCCUCAGAUACGAGAGGUUCGAACGAUACAGGUCGGGCCGAUCAGUUCAAAAUGCCAGUAAUGGAGUACUGAAUGAAGUAACUGAAGACAACUUGAUAGACCUGGGGCCGGGCUCUCCAGCUGUGGUGAGCCCAAUGGUGGGGAGCAAAGCGCCCACAUCUUCCCUCUCCUCCCAGCUUGCAGGCUUGGACUUGGGCACAGAGAGCGUCAGUGGCACUCUCAGUUCACUCCAGCAGCGUGAUCCCCAUGAUGGCUUUGACAUGUUUGCCCAGACGAGAGGAAACUCCUUGGCCGACCAACGCAAGACGGUGACCUACGAGGAUCCCGAGGCUGUCAGAGGACUUGCUUCUGCACUAGACAGUCGGAAACAGAGCUCUGAAGUGAUCCCCGUUGCGCAGCCCUCUGUUAUGGACGACAUUGAGGUGUGGCUCAGGAUGGACCUGAAGGGCGAUGACCUGGAGGAGGGUGUCACGAGUGAAGAGUUUGAUAAAUUCCUUGAAGAAAGAGCUAAAGCUGCUGAAAUGGUUCCUAACCUCCCUUCACCCCCAGCGGAGGACCCAGCCCCAGCCUCAAAUCCCUCCAGCAGGAAGAAGCCAGAGCAGUCAGAAGAUGUCCUCUUCGCCCUGUGAGCUGUUCUGCAGCUUGGCUCCCCAGAGGGCAGGCCACCUCUUGUUCCCCCAUCCACACCAGGCACUGGCCACUCUUCUCAUCCCCUGUCCCCACUUGGUCCUGUGCUGCUGUGUCUCAUCCCGUGUCCCCACUUGGUCCUGUGCUGCUGUGUCUCCAUGGAAACACCACUGUGUUUGCUCCCAGGCCUCCCAUGAGUAAGGGCCAGCUUUAGCCACCUUCUCUCUGGGAGGGAGGACAGCUUUACUGCAGCCAGAGGCCCCUCACCCCCAUUCUUCCACCCCCUACUGCCUACAGGCUCCCUCUACCCAUGUUUCCUCCUAGGCAGGGCAGUCCUCUUAGGACUAUUACCCGAGUCCCUUCCUUCCCCUACAUGCCCCUGCCUGAUUCAGCAGGUCUCGUCCGACCAGCCUGCCCUCCCAUGCCCCUAUGUUCUAGAAAGAGCUUGUCUGCACCUGUGGGCUUGGUCUCUCUUCCUGGAAUGCUGCUCCCUGACACACGUCCCCUUGUGGCACUUGGCAUGCUCAGCACUUCAGAAGGCUUUGUGGGGUGCCCAUAUAGGGGUUGUUGAUCUUCUGGACCGUCUCCAUCACUCAGCUGCUAGCCCAGUCUACACCGGAGCUGGCUCAGCAGCUGAGCCUGGAGCCAAGGGGUCCCUGAUGGACCCACACACUUCUGGUGUGAGGAGAAAGUACCAAGGGCCGAUGGGAGGGCAGCACACAGCCCAUGAGUGGCCACAUUAACAUGCUGGUUAGUGCCUGCUGGGUAACACUGCCAUAAAGCAAACUUGUGGAGGGCCUGUACUGGGAAGAAUGCUCUGGCUUGCUUGGGAAAGUUUUGCGGGUUUGUAAGCUAUGCUUGCAGCUUUGGCCUGGCCCAUGGCAGCUUCUAUGCCUCUACCUCCAGAGCCUAGCAGUAGAUGGCUUUGCACCAUGCUUGGAGAUCCAAAUGAUUGAGAGGCCAGAGUGACACUAAGACCCCUGCACUGCUCCUCAGCAUGGGCCCCAGCCUCCUCUGCAGACUGUCCUAACAGCUUGACCUUCUCCCACCCCAGAUCCCCCAGGCCACUGAGGUGUAUACUCUCUCCAAGCCAGCCUAGAGGGCUAACAGCCUGAGGCUGAGCAUCUAGGGACUGGUGACACCUGGUCCCAUCCUGGGUUCUCCCUGGUGUGUCUCCUGGCUGUGGGCAAGGAACUUGCUAGGGCUUGGCAGCCUGACCUACCCCUGGGCUGCUGUUGCCCAGAAGAAAAUGCUGCAGCUGCUUCACAGAAGCCCAUGGGGCUCUGGGGCCUGGGUCAGUAUGCCAGCACAUGGUGCCCAGGUGUCAGGGGCAAAACUUGGCCAGGCCACCACCCCAUGGUGUAGUCAGCCCUUCCCACAUGGCAGCGUAAGCAGGACUGGAGCCAAGGGCCAUGCUGAGCCCUGACAGGAAUGGUUCUGAUGGAGAAUAAGGCAGUCUGCACCCCAGAACCCCCUCUCUAGUCCAGCUCCACCACAGCUUCCUCCAGACAGGAGGCCUGGGCUCUGGCCGGGGUCCCCUCUGGCCGACCCUGCUGGGGAUGUCACAGUCUGCUCCUCAGAGGACACCCAGGAAGCGCCUCGAGACUGGCCAGCCUGACUCCAGCCCUGCCUGUCAGCAGCGCAUGUCAGGCCUCCACUCUCCCCCCAACCCUUGGUCAGCCCACACUUCUCUUCGCUACAUUCCCAAGGGCAGAACCCUCUGAGGCAGCCUGGACAUUAAGAUGUCUGAGGUCAGCUGGCUUGACACAAGCUGCAGAGAAGGUGGCUGGGAUGGCUCAGGUAUACCCAGUGACCCCAGCUAGUAUCCUCAGCCCCUUGGUGCAGUCUAGAGGGCAUGUCUCUGUGGGGCCCAGGGGCCUGCCUUUGCCAACCUGCCAGAGCUGGGCUUGCAUAGUGGGCAGAAGGGCCUCGGGUCGUCAUCCCCGUAGGAGCCACAGCACCACAUCUGGGCCCAGAGUCCUCGGAGGGGAGAGCCAGCCUCCCUGCCUGGCAGAGGGGGAAGUCCUCACAAGACCAGGAGCUUGAAGGGUGUAAGGGGAGAGGAGGCUUCCGGCAGUGAGUGAAGCUGAGGCAUGGUGCCUGCCUGGAGAGACCCCAGCAAAGCUGCUCUUAAUACCCAUGGUCCAGAGCAGCCCCCAGCUCCAAGCAUGGCUUGGAGAGUCCUGGCUGCCUCUGGGCAGCAGGUGGUAUGGACUUCUGUGGGCUGGCAGGAAGGCAUUGGCCAUACAUGAAAGUGCCACCUGCCUUCCCAGCCCAGAGCCAUUCCUCCUGUUCAUAGAUCAUGUCCAGAAGCAGUCCACCCCUAACUGGAGGCUUCAGGGGGCACUUGCUGAAGUCAGUACAGGCCCUGGUGCCCUUGAGGGGCUGCUGCUUAGCCCUUCCUGUCCAGAGGCCGUAGGUACCGUGGGCCAUGUGAUGCUGGCUCCCCUCCAUCCAGGGCCACCUGCUUAGGGAAGGGGCUGAGGCCCUGGCAGGAAAGCCAGCCAGAGCCUACCUCUGGGGGAGAGAGACCCUUGAGAGCCACCAGCCUCUCCACAGUGUUAGAAAUCACAGAUACAGUAUGUACUUAAUUAUACUAAAUUAUUGCUGAGAUUCCUUAUAAGCACUAAUUAUACCUGAUUAUAGGUUAAAAUAUUUAUUUUGUCAAAAUAUUUUCUUGGGGAUGUGUUUAACCUUCUCUGUGCUCAUUGUGUGCUGAGAUGUGAAAACUAACCAUUUCCUCCUGUGUGACCCAGGGCGCUGGUAGGCCUUUGGCCAGCCUGUCCCAGAGCAGUCCCUGUGCGGGACCCCCAGGCACUGAGUGGGCUGGCUGGGGCCAGCCGGGAGAUGACUAGCUUGCUUAUCAGAGCUGAAAGGGCUUGUUGCUGGCCUGGGCCAGAGGAAAAGGUGGCCGCUGGUCUGUGCUCCUGUCUCCUGUCAGCCCGCUCAGUGUGAGUGACUGUGCUGUCUGCCGGACCACGCCUUGGCUCAUUGCUCUUUCCCUCCUCACCCAGGGUCCAGAGCAAGGGGGCCUGGUGAGGUGUGGGCCUGUGUUGUCACUCAAGGCCCCUGGCUGGGAGAGUGGAGGCAAGUGCUCUGGAUGGCCCGACGGCAGCAGGCACCCAGACCCUCCAGCACCAUGGGGUUGAUGGCUACUUGCUGCCUACUCUCUUGCUGCUCCUCUUCGUUCCUGCCAGCAUGCCCGCACUUCUGCAUGCACGCACAUCAGCGCAGCCUUCUGGAUUAUUCCAGGAGGGCUGUGACCAGCUAAAAGCAUGGCAGAGGAGUGCUGUGCUCCUAGCCUGGCCUCAGCCAGCCGGCCAUCAGCCUCUCCACCAUCUGCUGUCUAGGACCCUGGGCUCUUCUCGCCUGUCUGCCUAUGUGGAGAACAACAGGCUUCUCCCAUGGCUCAGGGUGUGCACUCCCAGAAGGCACCCCCUUUGGUGCCCGUACCUCCCAGUGCCCAUCUCCAACUCCUGUCCAUGGGGGUCUAUGCCUGGCUUCCCUUUGCAGCCACUAGCCCCUGGAACAGCUGUCACUCUGGGAGUCACACUGCUUCUCUUAUGUAUAGAGCCCCCAGGCUCUCCCGGAGAAGGGGGAUAAAUAUUUAUUUCCUGAGGUUUGCACUUGUGAGAGUUCUCAGGGUUGUUGGGGGCUGUUGAGUGUGUUGACUUUGUUGUCCAGUCCAGUCUGCUGUUGUGUCACUGUUGCACUUUUCUGCAGGCAGAGCCAGUCCUGGAGGGUCCUCAGAAGGACUACCAGGGCAUCCAUCCAUCCAUUGGCUCUCCUUCCAGAUGUCAUCUCUGUAGUUUGGAUUCUUGCAUGUAAAAAACUCCACAAUAAAUAAACAAACAUGCGAACCGUU